AACCAAUAUGUCUGCGCCCAUAUGUGAGAGUGUCGGAUAUAGUUUGCAAAUUUGAUAAAUACCGCCCUUUCAUUGGUAUUGCACAGGUCAAAUGUUACUAGAAUCGCGAAUCUUCACGCCUGUUGUGAAAAGAAAUUGUUAACCUUGCAUGCCAGUGUUCAUAAACUUUGCAUGAAUAGAAAAUAUCCAAAUUUACCCUACAAAACCAGUUAAACAAGCAGGUCGUCCCAGUUUUUAACCCAUCUACGUGAUAGGUCGCACAUAUGGACAAGUUUAAGUGAAGUCAAACCUACCUGAUUUUCUGCUGAAGUACUCUUUAAGGUGUUGAAAACAUGGUCCUUUUGAGAAGAUUGCUUGGAAGCCUGAGAACUGCGAGAAAUUUGACAACACUUGCCACAUUUCAGACCAGGAACAACAGAUCCGGAUGGGGAGCAGUGUUUGCAGUAGGAGGCUUCGCUACUGUAAGUUUAGCAGCAAUUCACUGCAGAAAGAAUAAAGUAUAUGCAGCCACAUUGUUGGAAAAACAUGGCUGGAUGUCAGAGCCUGUCACUGACCCAGUACAGAUGGAGAAGAAUUCUGACACCAUGAGAAUCAGGAUGGAAAAAAUGAUCAUGGACAUUCAGGCAGAAUUUUGCAGGGCCCUGGAGGCUGAGGAGGGAGGUAAAAAGUUCCUAGUGGAUAAAUGGCAGCGGAAGGAGGGAGGUGGAGGUAUCACCUGUGUUCUACAGGAUGGUGAAGUAUUUGAGAAAGCAGGGGUUAAUAUCUCUGUUGUCAUGGGCAACCUACCCCCAGCAGCUGUAGCACAAAUGAAGACAAGAGGGAAAAGUCUGGAAGGAAAGACUCUACCGUUCUUUGCUACUGGAGUCAGCUCAGUAAUACAUCCUAAAAACCCUAAUGUGCCUACAAUACAUUUCAACUACCGUUAUUUUGAAGUAACAGAUGAAACUGGACAGAAACAUUGGUGGUUUGGUGGUGGCACUGAUCUUACACCAUACUUUCUAGAUGAACAGGAUGUUGUACAUUUCCAUAAGACCCUGAAGACAGCUUGCGAUAAACAUGACAAAGGUUACUACCCUAGAUUCAAGAAAUGGUGUGACGAAUACUUCUUUAUCAAACACAGGGGACAAUCUCGAGGUGUUGGUGGUAUUUUCUUCGAUGAUUUGGAAGAUGGAUCGGCUGAAGAUACGUUUAAAUUUGUCUCGACAUGUGCCAAAUCAGUAACACCUUCAUACAUUCCACUUGUGAAGAAAAACAAAAACAAGGGAUACUCGUACAAAGAUAGGAGGUGGCAGUUACUUCGUAGAGGGUAUUAUGCAGAAUUCAACCUGGUGUAUGACAGAGGGACAAAGUUUGGUUUACAGACACCUGGGGCAAGAAUAGAAAGCAUUAUGAUGUCUCUGCCACUAAAUGCUAGUUGGGAGUACUGUCAUGAAGUGAAACCGGGGUCUCCAGAACAGAAGUUGACCGAUGUUCUACGUAACCCAAAGGACUGGGUUUGAACCCUGAUGUAGAAAUUUUAAGAGAAUUUUGAUUCUUAAACAGUCGGUUUUUAAAUACCAUGUCCUUUUUAUAAUUGGCGAAAAAGUCUAUAUAGCUGGUAAUACAUGUAUAUUACAUGCGAUAAUGUACAUUAUUCUUACAUAAAUUAGGUUUCUUUGUUGUAUUUUGAAUUUUGUUUGUAUAUUGAUGAAUUUUCAAUAUGUUAUGCACAUUUGAGCAUUUGAGCUGCACCAUGACCAACCAGUCUAGUCAGGAUCCAUGCUGUUCGCUUUCAAAGCUUAUUGCAAUUAGAGAAACCAUUUGAGAACAGCAUGGAUCCUGACCUGACUGCGCAGAUGCGCAGGCUGGUCUUGAUCCAUGCUGGUCGCAAAUGCACUAUGUUGGUUUUCUCAUGGUGCAGCUCAUUUCAUUAUGAUGUUACUGGAUGCAGAUAGUUACGCCGUACCUGCAAAAGGCAAAAUUAUGAUAUUAAUAAUGUUUCUAUUUUUGUUUUAUUAAUGGAACUGUAUGGAAGUAUGAGAAACAUUUUAUAAUCGUUUUUUCCAAAUUUCAACCCGACACUUUAUUUACCUCAAUGCUAGAACAUUUUAAUAGGUGCCAUACUUUCAUGAGCAUGUCAUUUUUUUUACUUUCAUUUGUUUGUCUGCCCAUAUUUAUAGCUGCCAUUACUGUGUGACCUCUGACGCAUGUUUCAUUCAUGCUGAUGCAGUUCCUUCAUGUAGCCGAGAGCAGAAAUCUCACCCAUCUUGUUUGAUACACUUUUUCCAUAAAACUGUUUUUCAAGUACAAGACAAUGCUAUUGAUAUCAUACAUUAUUUGAAAGAUAUCUGAGGGUGAUAAUAGCGGCUUUUUUAAAUUCGUAGCUCGACUUUUCGAAGAAUACUGAAUUCAAGGUUUGUGUGCAGGUUCUAUCUCAGUAACCAUUGCAUGUAAUGGAUGGAAACAGUACACAAGAUUUCCUAGUCUACGAACCUUCUGAAAUAACCAAGUUAGAUAACUCUUGCUUGAAUUAAAUUAAGAUUAUGGCCCUUUUUCAACUUACCGACUUUGGAUGAAGUUUUGCAUUAUCAUUGCUCUAAUAAAUUUCAAAUUUAUUAUCAAUUGUAAUAAAUAACUAAGUUACUGAAAUCUUGCCAAGUUAUGGUCCUUGUAUGACAUAGAAGCUGUUGAACAGCCAAGCAUGCUCUCAUAGGACAGCUGUUGUUAAAAUAUCUAGAUUACUUUUGAAAUUGUCAUCAAAGAAUGAUUUUUAUAAGGGUAUUUUCCAUUGUAAAUUUCAGCCAUUUUGGAUACCAUUUUUUUUUUUUUUUAAAUCCAAUGAUUGUAUUGUUAUAAAACCUUCAAGAGAUCUAAGUUAGCAUAAAAGCAACGUUUCCAUGCAAAAAAGUAAAGUUAGCAAGAUUUUGUCUUCUUGACAUUGUGAUUUUGCCAAAUGUUUACAAUAGGUAAACUGCAUUUUUGUUCAUAAAAUGAUUACUAAAUAGAUAUUUUUAACUAUUACUGUGCUUUGGGACCUUUAUGUGUAGUUUAUAUUGGGGUCUUGCAAAUUAAAGCCACAGCUCACAGAAAGCAUGGAUUAUGUAAAUCAGACUAUAAAUGUUUAAAUAAGUCAUUGUUCAUACAAUUGUUUUUACAUUCAAGCUAUCUCUGGUGCAUUUGAACAUUAAAAUUUGAUCAUGACAAACAGCAUUUACAUUUAAUAUAUGUAUAUUUUUUGACAUUUUGGAAUAUCAUUUUCACAAAGGUUUAUUUGAAGGAAGUGGACCUGUUACGACAUGCUGCUAAUCCCAUGUAUUAAUGUAUUCUUUUUUUGUUUGCUCUCUUUUGGUAUUCCUCGGAUGUUACAAGCUUACAUGACCUUCCUUGACAGCCGGGGAAAACCGAAAGCAAAGAGGAAACAAUUCAAUGGAAAUCGCCAAUUAUUAUAACGGGUCCAUUACCUUAAAAACACGGCAUUUUUCACAAAGUAUUAUAUUACAAUAUGUUUAUUAGAUUUUAAGAUUUUUAUAAGUAAUUACCUAUUGGUUUUACUGACUUGCCACAUUUUUGUCACAGAGUGCAUGAAAAAUGAGCAUAAUCAAAGACUAUUUAUUAAACAUAUGAGAGGUUGCUAAAACAUAAGAAAAAGGUUAAUCAUUAUAAUGAGUGACAUAGUGAAAUUGUUUCAUUAAGAACAUUGUGUAUUGAACCUGACAGUUACUGAGCUCAUGGUCUGUAUUUGUAAAUGUUCUGAAUUUGAUACUUGAGGUAUCCGAUCCACAUAUAAGCAAGUUCUAUAUAACAAUGCUACUAAAUUAUAUAAGAUUUUGAUGCCUGGUAAGCUCAUAUAAUUUUGGUAUUAUUUGGAAGUGUAUUGUCUAAUGAAAAAAAUAUAUAAAUUACAUGACAAAAUAUGUUAUAGUAUUUUUAUUAGUAUUUUUAUUUUAUUACUUUAUAGUCUUCAAUGACACUUCAACAGAAAUCCAGUUAUUACAGUGUAAAAUUCAUCAUUUAACAGUCCAAAAACAUGACUUUAAUGAUUCUUGCAUAUUAUUUAUGGUCAUCUUAUUUACUAAUUCUUGUUCAGCAGACACCACUCUUUCAAAUGAUACCAAAAAAAUAUGGGGUCAUUAGGCAUCGAAAUUUUACCUAUUUGUGGAUUGGAUAGCUUAAACUGUAACUAAGAAACAUUAAAGGUAUAUUGUUUAUAACUUGAAGAUUAUACACUUACUAAACAGCACCGAUGUGCCUUAGGUUGAUUAUUUGGUGUAGCCCAAGUGCAAAUCUAGGUUUAAGAGUGGAAAAAAAACACUUAAGGCACGCUAUUCCUUCUUAACGAGUCGUUUAAUAUAUAGUGAAAAGUUUUUUCCUGUUAUUGUAUCUUGCUGCCUGCCAAUAACUGGUUAUUGUGCAGACUUCCUGUUUUAGGCAUAUUGUUUGAAUUCUGUCCGGUAGUUAGUUACUUUUUAUAGUUAUAUGUAUAAUAAGCAUAUAAACAGCUGAAAUUAUGCAGUCCUUUGUUAAAUAAUACAGUUCCACUAAAAUCUAUACAUGUUUUCUAUAAAAAGAACAAGUUGCAGCAUUAUCUUUGAAAAGUAGAAGUUUCAGGUGUCAUUUAGAAACAGAAAUAAUCUUCAAAUAUAAACUACUAGUAAAAGAUAUAUUUUUGUUAAAAUAUGUUUUUUAUUUUACAUUGAACAGGUGCUUAAUGAAAUUAAUAAAAGUUGUUCCAUAAGAAAAUUA